GAAGUGGAUGGAGAACAAGCCCUCCAUGACAACGGGCUCCAAGAAGAAAUUACGAAAUUAACGAACAAAAUCAACAGAGUCACAGAAAGAAUCAAAGUUCCAGUAUUCGAAACGGCAAAUACUCCAACAAACAAUAGAACUAAGCUGGAACACCUGGCACAAAUUAAAGAGUUAUGGCUCGAGGAAAGAAGGUUGAGUACAGCCAUAAUUAAAAAAGUCAAAAGGGAAAACAUCCAGAA